AUGUCACUCGAAUCCCACACCGAGCGACUCGCACAAUCGCUCGCGCAAGCCAGCCUCACGACCGGCUUACUCCCCUUCCUACCCCAAGACUUCAAACCCACGACACAGCUCCACAUCUCCUUCAACAAUAAACAGGUCUGUUUGGGGAAUCUGUUCCGCGCAAGCGAAUGCAAGACAGCUCCAUCCGUAUCCUUUUCCAAAGAGGAGAACAAUUCACCCUCUUCAACAAGCUACACCCUCCUCCUAGUCGACCCCGACGCCCCCACACCUGACGAUCCCAAAUUCGCUUUCUGGAGACACUGGGUUGUCUCCGGAUUGAAGGCCGAGGAGGCGAAUGGGGGCACCGCAUUGACAGAGUAUCUGGGACCUGGGCCGAAAGACGAUUCGCGCCCGCACCGGUAUCUGUUCCUGCUAUUCCGAGACCCUGAGGGUUUCGCGCUGACGAGGGAGGAUGUUGGCGGGGAGGAAUUUACUGCGCGGCGGUCGUUUAAGGCUGCGGAAUGGGUUGAGAGGCAUGGGUUGGAGUUGGUCGGGGUGAAUUGGAUGUUGGGGGCUGGGGAUGGGUGGACAGAGUGA